CCUGGACUACCGUUGAACAAAAAAAUGUAUAGAAAGGAUCCUCAGCAUCGAAGCCGGUUAGUCAUUUUUGGUACGCCAACGGUGAAAGGUUCGUUUUGGAUUGUGUUGUGCAGUGCAUAUUAUUUGAUUCUGUAACAUCUUCCUCGUUCAUUGAAAGUUAUUUACUGCAACACAAUGGAAACUGCCGCAUCUAUCAAGGAUUACAAGAAGGUCGGCGUAGACCUUAAAACACAACUGGAGAGCUUCAACACAGAAAACCUUUCCAAGGCUGAUACACAAGAGAAAAUCGUUCUUCCAACUGCUGAAGACGUUCAAACAGAAAAAACUCAGAAGAGUCUCUUUGCCGGAAUUGAAUCAUUCGAUGCGUCUAAAUUAAAACAUGCCAUGACAUGCGAGAAAAAUCCAUUACCCGAUAAAGAAGCUAUACAACAGGAAAAAGGACAGCAAAGAUUCAUCACGGGUAUCGAAUCUUUUGAUACUUCCAAAUUAAAGCACACUGAAACAUGCGAGAAAAAUCCGUUACCAACCAAAGAAAUCAUCGAAGAAGAAAAAAAAGCAUAAGAUAUAUCCUUGAAAAAGCAUACUACUAAAGGGUCUACAGUUAGCCCUAAUCAGCUUUGUGCAAAAACACUUUUAUGGAUAUAUCUAUCAACAGGAUUUCAAUCAUGAUUCAAACUAUUAUUGUUCUCAAAUCGAUUUUUAGUAUGUCUUGUACUAUCCAUAAUCGCCUUUUUGUCCCAUAUUCGAUGGGAUCAACUUACGAUUAUAGAACGGUGAAGCAGUCAUUCAGAUAACGAACAUGUCAAAUUUUAUAAGUUAUUUGAAUUCGUAGAAUUUUACAAUAAAUCAGAAAUCGGAGCUAACAGCACAAAACUCAAUCACGAUUAUUAUAAUUUGUACCUCAAAAUUUCACAAUUUUUCGAGGAUUUAUUGAAAUCUGUUGGCCCGUUUUCGCUAUAUGUUAAAUAAUCAAAAUGAACACAUAAAAAUAACAUAAAAGUAUAGUGGUUAGGUGUCACACGAAUAUUUUGAUAAUUGAUUUAAGAUACCAUGCACGCAGAACCAUCUCUAAAUAAAUCAACACUUGGCCAAAUUUUCGA